GCCAGUUGACCUCGAUGCCCGCUGUUGAUCCAGAUGAUCCGGUACCUGAUCCAGUGCCCGCUGUCGUGCCAAUUGACUCAGAGCCGCUGUCAUACCUGGUGACCCGGUGCCCACUGCCUUGCCAGAUGACGCGGUGCCCGCUGGCAAGCCAAAUGACCUGAUGCCUGGUGACCCAGUGCCCGCUGUCAUACUGUCUUGCCAGACGACUCAGUGCCCGCUGUUCCGCCAGUUGACUCGGUGCCCGCAGUCUUGCCAGACGACUCGAAGCCUGCUGUUCCGCCAGUUGGCUCGGUGCCCGCAGUCUUGCCAGACGACUCGGUGCCCGCUGUUCCGCCAGUCGACUCGGUGCCCGCUGUUCCGCCAGUCGACUCGGUGCCCGCAGUCUUGCCAGACGACUCGGUACCCGCAGUCUUGCCAGACGACUCGGUGCCCGCAGUCUUGCCAGACGACUCGGUGCCCG